AUGGGUACAAGCACGUUGGUUGGUGGCGUCGCCACAAUGUCGGCUGUCGCCGUUGUUGUCUCUUUGAUAAGCGUGGUGUACAUCAUCAACGACAUCAACAACUUCUACGAUGACACUCUUCAGGAACUUGAUAACUUCAAAGAUCUCGCCAACUCUGCCUGGCACGAAAUGAGAACCACCCCAGAAAUGGCACGUGACAAGAGAGCAGCAUUCGUCAAGCGACGUGACUCUUAUGUUACUGGUGGAGGAUCAGGAUGUAACUGUGGCCAGCAGGCUAGCAACUGCCCCGCAGGACCACCUGGACCCCCAGGAGAAGCAGGAGAGCCCGGAGAUGAUGGCGAGCCAGGUGCGCCAGGACAGCCAGGCCGUGAUGGCAACUCGGGAGGAGGAGAUGGUUCGAAUGGUAAUUGCAUCACGUGCCCUGUUGGACCACCAGGACCACCGGGACCCGAUGGAGAUGCUGGACCUGCUGGACCCGAAGGAAACCCAGGAGCACCAGGAGGCGGAUCCGGGCCCGGACCAGCCGGACCCCCGGGACCACCUGGAGAUGCCGGUCAAUCCGGAGCGCCUGGACAGGCUGGAGCACCCGGACAACCCGGAGCACCUGGAACUAGUGGAAAAGGUCUUCCUGGACCUGCUGGACCUGCUGGGCCAGCGGGACCCGCCGGACAGCCAGGACAAGAUGGUGGUGCUGGAGGUGGUGCCAAUCCAGGACCUCCAGGACCAGCUGGACCAGCUGGUAACCCAGGACAAGCUGGAGCAGAUGGAACUCCUGGAGAACCAGGACCUGACGCUGCUCCUGGUAGCGAUGCAGAGUACUGCCCAUGUCCUCCUCGUGCUGGAGCUCCAAUGGAUGCUCCACCUGCAGGAAGUGCUGGCUACAAAACAUCUGGCGGUGCUAAUGGAGGAGCCAAUGGAUACGGAAAGAAGAAGGUCGUUCGCCGCGUUGUCAGGAAGCGCGUUCUGCGCAGAAAGGUUGCCAGACAUGCCUAA